UCUCGAAGCUAUAGCUGAAAACCCAAGCAAUUGCAGCCACGCUUCCACGAUGCAGGCCGUCGUCGUGACGGACGAGGCGGCGGAUCCCGAGGCCGCGGCCGCGAAAGUGCUCCCGCCGAAAGCGCACAAGACGAGCCUCUGGCGCUGGUGCGCCCUCGCGCUCGUCGUCGCCGGCGGCGUCGUCGCCGUGGGCCUCGUCGUCGGCGACCCCCGCGCGCGCGGCGGCGGCGACGACGACGACGGCGGCGGCGACGCCGAGGCCUACGUCACGGGCGACAUGACCGUCGAGGGCAUGACGCUCGAGGACGCGCGGGCCAACGAGGCCGUCUUCGUCGCCGCCGUCGCGGACCUCGCGGACGUCCAGGAGGAGUACGUGGAAGUGGCGAUCUCGGCCGCGCGCCGCCGCCGCCUCACGGACGCGGUCACGGUGGACUACGCGAUCGCGAUGCCGACGACGGACAUGGCCGACGACCUCGCCGCGGCCAUGUCGUCGCUGACCACGAGCGACGUCGACGCGGCCCUCGCCGCCUCGGCGUCGGACGCCGGCGCGUCGUCGACCUUCGCGGCCGUCGCGUGCUCGGACCUCUCGGAGCCCGAGUCGGCCGCCGCCGCCGACGGCGGCGGCGACGCCGCCGCCGCCGACGACGCCGUCGCGGCGCUCGACGCGCAGGCGGCGACGUUCACCGCGACGAUCGCCGUCGAGCGCUUCGGCGGCUGCGACGCGCUCCUCGAGUCCAAGGACGCGUCGCGCGCCUCGAGCUGGUGCCCCGUGCCCGCGGCCGUCGACGAGAACGCGCCGCGCGCGAUCCGGCGCGUGCGCGGCGGCACGUGCGGCUGGCGGGGCUACCCGGUCAUGUUCGGCGCGCCCGAGCUGCUGCGGAGCGCGGAGGACGGGGCCGCGGCGGACGCGAGCGCCGGCGGCGCCGCGGACGACGGCUUCGCGGACGCGAGCGCCGGCGAAGCCUUUAGCGGCACGAACGCGCAGGAGGAGGGCGUCGACGAGGCGGACACGGUCAAGGCGACGGCCGAGGGCUACGUCUUCGUCGUCGGCGAGGUCCGCGGCGGCGAGGUCGACUCCGGCGGCGCCUACGAGGACUGCCUCCACCGCCUGAGCGUCGUCCGGGACGACGGCGACGGCGUCGAGCUCGUCGCGUUCGUCGACCUCGGCCCGCUCGUGACGACGCCCGAGGCCAUGUUCGUCCACGGCGACGUCCUGCUGCUCUACGGGUCCGCGGAGCUCGACUACGAGGACGAGGACGAGGAAGACGACGCGCCCUACUGGUGCCGCGGCGGCUCCGAGGCCGCGACCGUCGCGCUCGCGUUCGACGUCUCGGACCGCGAGCACCCCGUCCUCCUCCGGCGCCAGAUCUUCGAGGGCCGCUACGUGACCGCGCGCAAGGUCGGCGACUUCGCGUACCUCGUCGCGUCCAAGUCGGCCUGGUACGCGGCGCCGCGCGCGUCCGUGCCGUUUUACCGCGACGAGACCUUCGACGACGGCUUCGCGAUCGACGUCGACGACGGCGGAUCCUACGCCGAGGCCGCGGGCGCCGCGGGCGACGCCGUCGCGGUCUGCGCCUGCGGCGACGUCCAGUACGUCACGGCCGUCGAGACGGCGCUCGACGACUUCACGGUCGUCGUCGCCGUCGACGUCUCGGACGUCGCCGCGGCCAAGGCGGCGCCCUCGACCAAGACCGUGCUCGCGAACCGCGCGGCGGACAGCGCCGUCUACUGCAGCAAGGAGAACCUGUAUCUGGCCCAGACGGAGUGGGCCGAGGGCGACGGCGAGACCUACUACCGGACGGCGAUCGUGCGCCUCGCGCUCGACGGCGCGGACGUCGCCUACGCGGCGUCCUACGCGGCGCCGGGCACGCUUUUGAACCAGUUUAGCCUCAGCGAGUCGGCCCUGGACGGCACGCUCCGCGUCGCGACGACGUCGCGCGAGGGCUCGUGGGCCGACACGUACAACAACGUCUACGUCUUCGACGAAAGCGGCGCGCGGCUCGGCGCGGUCGUCGGUUUAGCCCCCGGCGAGUCCAUCAAGUCCGCGCGGUUCACGGCGACGCGGGGCUACCUCGUGACCUUCGUACAGACGGACCCGCUCUUCACGAUCUCGCUCGACGACCCGGCGAACCCCUACGUCAUGGGCGAGCUGAAGAUCCCGGGCUACAGCGCCUACCUCCAUCCCAUCAACGCGUCCCACAUGCUCGGCGUCGGCCGCGCGGCCGACGAGAAGACGGGCGUCGAGCGCGGGCUCCAGUUCUCGCUCUUCGACGUCUCCGACGAGCUGAACCCGCGGCAGGUCGCGGUCGUCGAGGUCGGCGACCGCGGCUCGGCGUCCGAGGCGCUCAACGACCACAAGGCCUUCCAGUUCUGGUCCGCGGGGGACCUGCGGGCCGCCGGGCUCGACCGGUCGACGGGCGUCUUCGCCUUGCCCGCGUCGCUCGCGAGCCUCUCCGCGCGGCUCGAGCUCGCGGACGACGACUGGACGGCGACGAGCCAGUGGACGUCGGGGCUCACCUACUUCCAGGGCCUCGCGCUCUACGACGAGAUGCUCCGGCCCGUCGCGAACGUGUCGCACCACGAGCCGGGCUUCUUCGACCCCGUCUACGACGACGCCUACGACUACUGGCGCACCUACCGCAACUCCCACGACUCGGGCGCGCACGUGACGCGGUCCCUCCGCCGCGGCGCGGACAUCUUCUCCUUCUCCGACAACCACGUCCGCAAGACGACGCUCGACGGCGCGCUCGUCGGCGAGGCGUUCCUCGCCGCGGACUUCGCCACGGACGACGCCGACCGCUACUCCUACGGCGGCUGGUACUACGGCGGGGGGCACGGCUGGUACUUUUAGCUCUGUUCUUAGUC